AUGAAAUUUUUACAGCCUUCUAGAAAAAGCAAAAGUUGGCAAAAAAGCAUUAAUCUUAAUCUUCUAGAACAAGGAUUAGAAGAAUUCUUGGAAGGAGAAAUAAAUGGUUAUGUAAUUUCUAAGAUUCCUGAUGAAAGGCUUUUUUUUGUUGAUCUUGAAGGAGAUACUAAUGUUUAUGGAAGACCUGAAUUAGGGAAGUUUUUGAAAGCUGAUAAAAUAUUGUUCAAUGAUUUUUCUAUAUCUAUUUUUUCACAUCUUUUUAAAAAGUGUAUUAAGAAUACUAUUAAUAAAUUGAAAUAUAAAAAAUGGACAUGCCAAGGAAUUUUAAACUCUGAGGAAAUUAAAUCACGGAAACCUAGUUUAAAGUUUAAUAAUGGUUUAAAUAAUGUUGAAAUUCUAAAAAAUGAAAUGUCAUCUGAAAAAUUAGAAUUUUAUGAUAUAUGGGAAAGCGAUCAUAAUUUUCAAAGUUUAUCGUUUUUUAGUUAUUUAUAUCAACAGAAUCGUUUAAAAGCACUUUCUACAUUGUUAUGCAAAUCAUUUUUCAUAACAAAUGAUGCUUUUAAUCUAAAAGUGGUUGAUACAAGGCUGUCAUAUAAUCCUUUGUUUGUAGAGUUUAAGAAAUUAUUAGAGAAUGAAAUGUCUAAAGUUUUUUCAAAAGAAAUAAAAAAUGACCAGAAAAAAAAUACAUCUAAUAUUUUGAAUUGUGGUUUUGUUGUGAAUAAUGCUAUUGAGGAUUCAUUUAAAAAUACUAGUUUUAGAGGAAAAAUUGAUAGUUAUGUUAUUCGAAAAGCGGUAAAAAAAAUAGAAAAGCAAAGAAAAAAAGAAUUACAAAAAAAAGAGGAAGAUGGGUAUAAUAGAAAGGAACAGCAUAAGAAACAAAUAAGAGAUUUGAGUUCUAUAAAUAAGAUUUUGAAAUCAACAGAAGAAAAAACAGAUAUUCAGAAAUUAACUAAUAUAAAUAAUUUUAAACAUAGGGUCAUCUGUAAAAGGAAGCGAAGGGAAUAUAGUCUAACAGUAUCUCCGUUAGAAAUUCAAUCAUCCGAUGAGCUUACUAAAUCAUUUCGACUAUUUAAGCCUCAAGGAAAUAUGUUUACUGAUAGGUUUAUAAUUUUACAGGAAAGAGGGUUUAUAGAACCAAGGUUUCCUGUAGUUUCCCAUAGAAAAUAUUCGCAGUUUUAUGCAGAAAAAUGGAGUUAUAAGGGGUUUAAGUUGUAG